CUCUUGGUCAGGAUCAUCUUGGUAGUCAUAUGACAGGAGACUAUAAAUGUUUGUCUCUCAGUGAUAGACCUAUCUAUUACCCACUUUCAGACUUUUCUGGCCAGAGAGAGAAAGUGAGAGACAAAGAGAAAGAGAAAAAGAAAAAAAAAUGGAAAAUAAAAAUAUGAAAGAAACAAUAUCGGAAAAGAAUGAGACUCAUAAUCAACAUGAACCUGCAGAGAUUAACUACAGAGGAUGGAAAGCCAUGCCUUUUGUUAUAGGAAAUGAAACUUUUGAGAAGCUAGGAGCGAUUGGAACAUUGUCAAACCUCUUGAUCUAUCUAACUACAGUAUUCAACAUGAAAAGCAUAACAGCUGCAAAUAUCCUCAACAUCUUCAAUGGUACAACAAACUUAGCUACCUUGAUUGGAGCUUACCUUAGUGACACUUAUUUUGGCCGCUGCAAAACUUUGGGUUUUGCUUCUCUUGCUUCUCUACUGGGUCUACUGGUAAUAGAUCUAACCGCAGUAAUCAAAAAGUUACAUCCUCCUGAUUGCGGAGAAAAAGAAACAUGCAGAGGACCAACAGCGGGUCAAAUGGCAUUUUUGCUAACUGGUUUUGGAUUUCUAAUAGUAGGAGCUGCAGGAAUUAGACCAUGUAAUUUGGCAUUUGGAGCUGACCAAUUUAACCCAAAAACUGAAUCAGGAAAGAGAGGAAUUGAAAGCUUCUUUAAUUGGUACUUUUUCACAUUCACCGUGGCCCAAAUGAUUUCAUUGACUCUCAUAGUCUAUGUCCAGUCAAAUGUAAGCUGGGCUUUGGGUUUGGCUAUUCCUGCUAUCCUUAUGUUCAUAUCCUGUGCACUUUUCUUCAUGGGUUUGAAAAUAUUUGUAAAAGUGAAAGCCAAUGGCAGUCCAAUUACCAGUUUAGCACAGGUUAUUGUGGUUUCUAUUAAGAAAAGGAAAUUGAAGCUACCAGAACAACCACGGAUUUCACUUUUUGCUUUUACUUCUUCAAAUUCUAUCAAUUCCAGGCUUCCUUAUACACACCAAUUCAGAUUUUUGGAUAAAGCGGCGAUUUUGACACCGGAAGACAAAAUUAACGAGGACGGUUCAGCAGCGAAUCCGUGGAGACUCUGCAGUAUGCAGCAAGUGGAAGAAGUGAAAUGCGUGGUAAGAGUAUUGCCGAUAUGGGUUUCGGCUGUUAUUUACCACAUUGCCAUUGUCCAACAGCACACCUACUCCGUCUUCCAAGCUGUUCAAUCCGACCGGCGAGUCGGAAAAAGCAGCUUCAAAAUCCCAGCUGCUUCAUACUACGUCUUCUUGAUGCUCAGCAUGACAAUCUGGAUCCCAAUCUACGACCGAAUUGUGGUACCCUCUGUCAAAAAGCUCAGAGGAAAACAGGGAGGAAUCACUCUGCUCCAGAGAGUUGGUUUUGGAAUAUUCCUAACCAUUCUCUGCAUGCUGGUCUCUGCAUUGGUGGAAGAUCGUCGGAGAUCCAUAGCACAUUCGAAGCCGACACUCGGUGUUGUUCCGAGGAAAGGAGCUGUUUCUUCCAUGUCAGCUUUGUGGUUGAUACCUCAGCUAGCAAUUGCUGGUUUCGCUGAGGCUUUCACUGCCAUUGGACAAGUUGAGUUCUACUACAAACAGUUUCCUGAGAAUAUGAGAAGUGUUGCUGGUGCUCUCUUCUUCUGUGGCAUGGCGGUUUCUAGCUAUUUGAGUAGUUUCUUGAUAUCUAUAGUGCAUACAGCAACACAAGGUAGUCAUGGAAGGACAAACUGGUUGCCAGAGGAUCUGAACCAGGGGAGAUUGGAUUGCUUUUAUUACUUGAUUGGUGCCCUUGAGGUUGUCAAUUUGGCUUAUUUUUUGGUGUGUUCAAAGUGGUACAAGUAUAAAGGUUCUGGUUCGGCCACUGUUGUUAAUGGUAUGGAGCUAGCGUCGAGAAAUAAGCAUGGGAAUGAGAAAGAAAGUGCUGUUUGAUAUACGUAGAGAAAUUGUAGGUUAUAUUAUUAAUUUAACGAAUACUAUCAUUAAUUUGCUACUUAUGUUAAGAGAAAUUAGAAUGUAGCUAUAUAUAUGUAUAUAUAUAUUAUAGAAUCACCAAUAAUAGUACUCAUUGUAUUUGAAUUA